AUGCCGACGUCUGUGUACCCCCUCGCGUAUAGCACGACGCCGAGUCUAGCGCCCAUGAGCCACUCGUCUCGCUCAAAUGAGUCACUACCUCGAUUCUUUGGCAGCUGUUUCCAAUGCAGUGAGUGUCCUCGCCAAUUCACGCGGCGGUACGCCCUCCAAGAGCAUCUGGUCACGCACACGGGCGAGAAAGCUUAUCGGUGCCCUGCCCGCGGCUGCGGCAAGUGCUUUACCACGACGAGCAACUUGGCGCGCCAUCGUCGACUGCACGGGGACGAGCUCCAGCCACUUGCAUGUCCCGCGCCGUCGUGCUCCAAGACGUUCACGACAGCGCACAAACUGCAGCGUCACAUGCGGGUGCACAUGGAUACACCCACGCGUCGCUGCAAGUUUGUGCAUUGCAACAAAACGUUUAGCUCGACCGGCAACUUGAACCGCCACAUGCGGAACCAGCACCUUCGCUUCGGCCAUUCGUUGGCCGUCAAUACUGAAGCGAGCCAGGAAGAACAGUCACCCACGAGUGUCGACAUGCAGCCAGUGGGGCACAAAUUUACCUGGGCACGUGAUGGUAUCGCAACGGACUUGCAAAUGGCUGCGACCAGUCCGUCUUGUGUCUCGGACGAGGAGCUGCUGGAAGUGCUGUCGUGUCUGCUCGACAACGACGACGAGAUGACGGGUGGUGGCAGUAGCAGCAGUGCGUUUGAAGAGGUCCUGGCUGCCACAACAAAUGCCGGCACGGUCAAGCUGUAA